GCCCCGCCUUCCGCUCACCGCUGGUUCCCCGCCCGGCGGCAUCGCGGGGCAGCUCCUCCUCUUUUCCGCCCCGCCUGCCGCGGGCUGUGGGGAACGUCAGCGUUGCCAGCGUGGAAACCGCUGCGGGCCGCGGGAGGCGGAAGUAGCGCCCGGGACCGCGGACCCAUCACCGGACGCCGCCGGCCGUCCCAGCCAUGGACACGUCUCUGGAGAAGAUAUCAGACCCUACAUUAGCUGAAAUGGGAAAAAACUUGAAGGAGGCCAUGCGGAUGCUAGAGAACAGUCAGAGAAGAAUAGAGGAAGAAAAUGGAAAGAAACUCAUCUCAGAGGACAUUCCAGGGCCACUCCAGGGCAGUGGACAAGAUAUGGUGAGCAUCCUCCAGUUAGUUCAGAAUCUGAUGCAUGGAGAUGAAGAUGAAGAGCCCCAGAGUGCCCGAAUCCAGAAUAUUGGAGAACAAGGUCACAUGGCUCUGUUGGGUCACAGUCUGGGCGCUUAUAUUUCAACUCUGGACAAAGAGAGGCUGAGAAAACUUACAACCAGGAUACUUUCAGACACUACCUUAUGGCUGUGCCGGAUUUUCAGGUAUGAAAAUGGCUGUGCUUAUUUCCAUGAAGAAGAGAGAGAAGGACUUGCCAAGAUCUGCAAGCUUGCCAUUCAUUCUCGGUAUGAAGACUUUGUAGUGGAUGGAUUCAACGUGUUAUAUAACAAAAAGCCUGUUAUAUAUCUUAGUGCUGCUGCUAGACCUGGCUUGGGACAAUACCUUUGUAAUCAGCUUGGCUUGCCAUUCCCCUGCUUAUGCCGUGUGCCCUGUAACACUAUGUUUGGAUCCCAGCAUCAAAUGGAUGUUGCCUUUCUUGAGAAACUGAUUAAAGAUGAUAUAGAGCGAGGAAAACUGCCCUUGUUACUUGUUGCAAAUGCUGGAACUGCAGCAGUUGGACACACAGAUAAAAUCGGACGUUUGAAAGAACUCUGUGAGCAGUAUGGCAUAUGGCUUCACGUGGAGGGUGUGAAUCUGGCAACAUUGGCUCUAGGUUAUGUCUCCUCAUCUGUGCUGGCUGCAACCAAAUGUGACAGCAUGACAAUGACUCCUGGCCCAUGGCUGGGUUUGCCAGCCGUGCCUGCAGUGACACUCUACAAACACGAUGAUCCUGCCUUGACAUUAGUUGCUGGUCUUACAUCAAAUAAGCCUGCAGACAAACUCCGUGCCCUGCCCCUGUGGUUAUCGCUACAAUACUUGGGACUUGAUGGGAUUGUGGAAAGGAUAAAGCAUGCCUGUCAACUGAGUCAGCGGUUGCAAGAAAGUUUGAAGAAAGUGGACCACAUCAAAAUCUUGGUGGAAGAUGAGCUCAGUUCUCCAGUAGUAGUGUUCAGAUUUUUCCAGGAAUUACCAGGCUCAGAUCCAGGGUUUAAAGCUCUCCCAGUACCCAGUACGGCACCUGCAGCAGUCAGCCGGGAGAGACACUCCUGUGACGCAUUGAAUCGCUGGCUGGGAGAACAGUUAAAACAGCUGGUGCCUGUGAGUGGCCUCACUGUCAUGGAUUUGGAGGCAGAGGGCACGUGUGUUCGGUUCAGCCCUUUGAUGUCAGCAUCAGUGUUAGGAACUCGAGGAGAGGACGUAGAUCAGCUCGUCACCUGCAUCCAAAGCAAACUGCCAGUACUGACCUGUACACUACAGCUACGAGAAGAGUUCAAGCAGGAAGUAGAGGGGACGGCAGGUCUCCUAUAUGUUGAUGACCCCAACUGGCCUGGAAUAGGGGUUGUCAGGUAUGAACAUGCUAAUGAUGAUAAGAACAGUUUGAAAUCAGAUCCAGAGGGGGAAAAAAUCCACAGUGGACUUCUGAAAAAGUUAAAUGAACUGGAAUCUGACCUUAUGUUUAAAAUGGGCCCAGAGUACAAAAGCAUGAAGAGCUGCAUUUAUGUUGGCAUGGCAAGUGACGAUGUGGAUGUUUCCGAGCUAGUAGAGACCAUUGCAGUCACAGCCCGGGAAAUUGAGGAAAAUUCAAGGCUUCUGGAAAACAUGACGGAAGUAGUUCGGAAGGGAAUCCAGGAGGCUCAGGUUCAGCUACAAAAGGCAAAUGAAGAGCGACUUCUGGAAGAGGGAGUGUUGCGGCAAAUCCCUGUAGUAGGAUCCGUGCUGAAUUGGUUUUCUCCAGUCCAGGCUUCACAAAAGGGAAGAAGUUUUAACCUAACAGCAGGUUCACUGGAGUCCACAGAACACACAUAUGUCUACAAAAUACAAGGUACAGGAGUGACACCACCUCCCACACCCUCAGGCACUCGAAGCAAACAGAAACUUCCAGGCCAGAAACCUUUUAAAAGGUCCCAGAGAGGAUCAGAUGCUGUGAGUGAAACCAGCUCAGCCAGCCACAUUGAAGACCUGGAGAAAGUGGAACAGCUGUCAGGUGGGCUGGAGCACAGCAGCCUAGCCGCCCAUUGCCCUGAGUGCCCCGCUGGGGCUCCCGCCCCUCAGGCCAGCCAGGCUGAGGCCCUACAGAACAAGGCCCAGCACCCAGGAGGAGACCACCCACAGGUAGAAGAACCAGAGAGCUUAAGAUAAAGUUCAGUAUUGGGUGAGACUGUACUGACUGUUGUUUCAGGGAAGAAGUUAUACUGAAAAUGUGAACUGUGCCACAUGCUAAUACGAUAGAAGUUUCUGUUAUUUGUGCUAAACUGGGAUUUUUGCACAAAUAUAGGCCUGAAAGCCAGGCUUUCAAGGAGGACAGUUAUUUUAUGUCUAUAUAAAACAACCAACAACUUACUAUUUCUGGCUUGCCCAUAAGAUUAACAUUGCCUCCUGUACCAUAAACAUUUUUUAUUGAGAAAAUACUUGGAUUUCAAGUGCUGCCACUUGAAACACUUGCUCUCAUCUUUCCAAACAUAAGCAUUAUGUUUAGGCUGCACACAGUGACUAGUUGUAAAGAGUUUUUGUCAGGACUCUCCAGGUUCUCCUCCGUGCUUCUGUCUUAGUAGGUCUAUAGUAUCAAGUUGCAGACACAGCACUGGUCGGCAUCAAGGAAUGGGACCAUAAAACCAUGUAUCAGAAGCCCUCCCCAGCUGCUGUAUUUCCUGGAGAGUUAAGGACUGUGUGUCCUCACACUGUGGCAGGGCUUCUGUCUAGGACUGUCCUCUGUUGCACAUCUUUUCUCCCUUUAUACACUCUUUGUAAACAAAUUUAAGGACUCAUCUGUUAAGAGUAAUUAUAAAAUCUUGCUGACUGUAUUUAAAUAUAUUUUUAAACACUGGCAACACUUCUAAAUUGACACCAGCGCACACUGAGCUUGUGUCUGUUUAGUACCAAAAGCCCUCUAGAGGCCACCAUGAAGAGCUGAAUGCAGUCUUCCAUGCAGCAUGACCUGGUAAAGGGUGAAGCAAGCAUGCUUUGACCUCUCAAAGUGGCUGCAGCUUCUCUUCUCACAGCUCAUCUUGAGCCCAGCUCAGGAAAGAGCCAGAAGUUGCCUCUCCCAGGCUGACAAACCAGAGUACUGCUGCUGUUACUGGAAAUAGCUCCUAGUUCCUGUCCAUUUCUGCAUCCCCAAAGUACUACAUCACUCUUCUAUCCUAAGAUGGGACCCCCGUAACAUUUGAGUCCCUGAAAGUCAAGCAAUAGGAGAUCCUUUGGUGGUGGGUUUGUAAUUCACACUGGGUUUGUGGACUGUAGUGUUGGAAGUCUUGGAUAUACUACAUUAAGCCUAUAAUUACACUGAUUUGAUAUGAUUUUUGACAUCUGCCACUUGUCAAAAUGCAAUUUUUUUUCCUGGUGCAAAUGAUUAAACAGUCUUCCCUGUUUAUUUGGUGCAAUGAAGUAUAGCCAGUAAGAUGGGAGAGGGGUAAAUUAUCACCUUUAACAAGAUUAAUUUUUAAAUGUUUUUAUAUAUUUGGAAUUGUUAAAUUGGUUUUGCUGCAACAGAAUUUUACCCUUGAGAUACUAUUUGAAUGUUGGUUUAAAUAAAGGUUCUUGAAAUUGUUAUCGGU